AGGCAGAAACGCACAGUUCUCCUUUCUUCAACGGACGGUGAAGGUUACCUGCUUCAACAGUGCUUGAACGGCAACCUUUCAGCUGUCUUCAAUUCCCACACACGACGAGAAUAAUCGCUUUCAUCACUCAGUCUACCAUCGAUAACUUCAGCCUUUUAUUACUUUAAAACAGCAGCGAACGUUUAGCUAAGGUAUCCUAACAAACAUUUAGCUUGCCAGCUAACUGUUUUGCUAACCAACGCAAGCCACUCAAAGCUCCUCGACGUCCUCAGAAGAAGAUCCUUCACUGAGAUUUGAACCAUGAGUUCCCAGGUGAGACAGAACUUCCACCAAGAUUGCGAGGCUGCAAUUAACAGGCAGAUCAACAUGGAGCUGUAUGCCUCCUACGUCUACCUGUCUAUGUCAUACUACUUUGACCGGGAUGACCAGGCAUUGCACAACUUUGCCAAGUUCUUCCGUAGUCAGUCACACGAGGAGCGCGAGCACGCUGAGAAACUAAUGAAACUGCAGAACCAGAGGGGAGGAAGGAUUUUCCUACAAGAUGUCAAGAAGCCAGAGAGGGAUGAGUGGGGCAGUGGUAUCGAGGCCCUUGAAUGCGCCCUGCAGCUCGAGAAGACUGUGAACCAGUCCCUGCUGGACUUGCACAAAGUCAGCUCUGAUCACAAUGACCCACAUCUGUGUGACUUCAUUGAGACACACUACCUGGACGAGCAGGUGAAAUCCAUCAAAGAGCUGUCAGACUGGGUAACCAACCUGCGCCGCAUGGGAGCUCCUCAGAAUGGCCUGGCCGAGUACCUGUUUGACAAGCAUACCCUGGGCAAAGAAAGCAGCUAAAUCCAUCCAGAUCACAUUUGCAAACGCUUUCUAUAUAUAUUUGUAUCUUGCUUUGUCUUCAAAAUAUGAAGCAAUCUGCAUGAUACUGGCUAGUCAUUUAAACAUCUUAUGUUACUCGAUUUUACCAUUUCUGUUCCAUUAGUUCCCCCAUCCCCAGAGCUGUGAGGUGGUACAUUCAAAGCCCACUCUUGUAUCUUGCACUGCUCUGCUGUCAGCUAUGCCUGUGUCAUUACUAUGUAUUUGCUGUGCUUUGUCAGGAGCUGUUAAUGAAACCAAAUAAAACAAACCCCCUGGAUUCUGA